AUGCCAAUUUUACCAUGCCACCACCGUUCCAUCAUCCUUCCCAUCUCAUCACCCUGCACCUCCACCUUCACCCCACUCCCAACCUGUCUGUCCAACUUGUCUCUGCCACCACCAUACUUUAUCCCUUCGGACCCUUCCCCUUCCCCUUCUCUGGGGAUGAGAAUUGCUUCUACAAUAUAUGCAAUACUUCUCACCGGUCAACAUAAGGGGCCUUUUCAGAACAUUGGGGAUGGAGAUCCAUUGAAUGUGAAAGUGAACAAACUGACUUCUAUAAAGACUCAGCUCCCUUACUCGUACUAUUCUCUUCCUUUCUGUCGUCCAGACGCAAUAGUCGACAGUAGAGAAAAUCUUGGGGAAGUACUUCGUGGCGAUCGCAUUGAGAACUCCCGUUAUGUGUUUAAAAUGAGGGAACCUCAGAUGUGCAAUGUUGUCUGUCGACUUACACUUGAUGCCAAAACUGCAAAAGAAUUCAAAGACAAAAUUGAAGAUGAAUAUCGUGUCAACAUGAUCUUAGAUAAUCUCCCAUUGGUUGUUCCCAUUCCAAGGAAAGAACAAGAUAGUCCUCCCGUUUAUCAGCUUGGUUUUCAUGUUGGGCUAAAAGGAAAAUACAGCGGAAGCAAGGAUGAAAAAUAUUUUCUUCACAAUCACUUGAGCUUCACUGUCAAGUAUCAUAAGGAUCAACAGACUGAAGCGGCAAGGAUUGUGGGUUUUGAGGUUGUACCAUUCAGCGUUAAGCAUGAGUAUGAAGGACAAUGGAGUGAGGAUACUCAUCUAGUGACGUGUGAUCCCCAUGCAAAGCGCAUGGUUUCCUCCUCAAAUUCUCCACAAGAAGUUGAAGACAAACAAGAAGCCAUAUUCACUUAUGAUGUCGCAUUUGAGGAGAGUCAGGUGAAAUGGGCAUCAAGGUGGGACACUUACCUUCUAAUGUCAGAUGAUCAAAUCCAUUGGUUCUCAAUUGUAAAUUCUUUGAUGAUUGUUCUCUUCCUCUCGGGCAUGGUUGCAAUGAUAAUGCUGCGGACAAUUUAUCGGGACAUCUCUAAGUAUAAUGAACUUGAGACACAGGAGGAGGCCCAGGAAGAAACUGGAUGGAAAUUGGUCCAUGCAGAUGUUUUCAGGUCACCAAAUAACUCGGAAUUACUCUGUGUCUAUGUUGGAACUGGGGUACAGUUUCUAGGGGUGGUACUUGUGACUAUGAUCUUUGCUGCACUCGGAUUCCUUUCCCCUUCCAACCGUGGCGGACUUAUGACGGUAAUGUUAUUGCUUUGGGUUCUCAUGGGGCUCUUUGCCGGUUAUGCCUCUGCCCGUCUUUAUAAGAUGUUCAAAGGAACUGAAUGGAAGAAAAUCGCUCUUAGGACUGCUUUUCUGUUCCCAGCUACAGUCUUUAGCAUUUUCCUAGUACUCAAUGCACUCAUCUGGGGCCAGAAAUCAUCAGGGGCAGUCCCAUUCGGAACUAUGUUUACUUUAGUCUUCUUAUG